AUGGAAAAGAAGCUCAAAAAGCUGCUUCAGAAUGCGACACGCGUUGCACCAAAAAUCUCAAAGAAAGGUGAACUUUUCGAACUGAAAAAUGGCCUCGUCUCCCCAUACCCUCAAACACGUAAAGAUGCCAUAAAGAAGACGAUCCAGCAGAUGACGCUGGGAAAAGAUGUGUCGUCUCUUUUUCCUGACAUUCUCAAAAACAUUGCUGCAUCCGAUGUGGAACAGAAAAAACUGGUGUACUUAUAUGUGAUGAACUACGCGGAAACGCAUCCAGAACUGUGCAUUUUGGCAGUCAACACAUUUGUGAGCGAUGCCCAAGAUAGUAACCCGCUCGUUCGAUGUAUGGCUAUCAGAACGAUGUCAAUGAUCAGGGUUGAUAAAAUUUUGGAAUACGUGGAAAUCCCUCUUCGAAAAACGCUACAGGACGACAAUCCCUACGUUCGUAAAACGGCGGUGAUAUGCGUUGCGAAACUAUUUGCGCUCAACAAGGAGUUAUGCCAGGAACUGGGCGUUCUUGAAGAUCUAGUUUCUGCUUUGGAGGACUCCAAUCCGAUGGUCGUGGCAAACACCAUAGCGGCGCUCUCUGACAUCUACGAAGCAGACCCCACGGUCGUCCCGUUGCCGCUUCUCAUUCAAAAACACGUUUCCCAAUUUUUAUUAGCUCUCAAUGAGUGCACAGAAUGGGCUAGAAUCAUAAUUCUAGGUGCUUUGGCGGAAUAUAGCGCUCGAGACUCAAUCGAAGCGGAACAGAUCAUAGACAGGGUCACACCCCAUUUGCAACAUGUCAAUGCAGCCGUGGUCUUGGCCACAGUCAAAGUGGUUAUCAAAAACUUGCCUUUGAUACAGGCAAAUUCUGAAUCUUCAAUUUUCUCUAAAAUCUCUUCCGCUCUGGUAUCUUUGAUGUCAACCCCGCCAGAAAUGCAAUAUGUUGCGCUUCGCAAUAUAAGAAUAAUACUUCAAAAAUAUCCACAGCUGCUAACACGAGAACUCCGUAUAUUCUACGUGAAGUUCAACGAUCCGUUGUAUCUCAAAUUGGAGAAGAUCGACAUUUUAGUGAGGCUGGUGGAUCCUUCAAAUCUAAAGCAGUGUACGCUAUUACUAGCUGAGCUUAAGGAAUACGCAUUGGAGUUUGAGCCUGAGUUUGUUUCACGAGCGAUCAUUGCCUUAUCUCAACUGGGUGUGAAGUACUCGGAAAUCAAGUUUGUCCGCAAAGUGCUAGAUAUUCUGGUCGAAUUGUGCAAAACGCGCGAUACUUUCCAAGAUGACUGUUUAGUCGCGAUGUGCAACCUGCUCAGACACGCAGGCGCUGGCGAAGAAGAAAUGAUCACACAGGUGUGCUCAUUGGCCCAAGUUUGGGGCUCGGUGGAAUUGCUACUUCAGACAGACUACGCCAAGUGUAACUACAUAUGGCUGCUAGGUCAGUUCCCUGGAAAGUUCAGUAAUAUCCAGCAGAAGGUUCAGAGUCUUUUGGACUCCUUCACUCAGGAAGAAAGUCUGACUCAGAUGUCUCUUUUGAUCACUGUUGUCAAACUACAUGCUAUUCUUCCUGGCUCAGUUCUUCAAGAGCUUUUGAACUUGGCCACAACUAGUACUAAUGAAGUCGAUGUGCGGGACAUGGCCAUCAUGUAUUGGAGAUGCUUGUCCCUAGAGGACUCGAACGACGACCUCAUCAACCAGCUGUGUAACUCCACGUUGCCAGAGAUCUCGAACACUUUGGACACUUUCUCGCCUUCGUUACUGGAGACUUUGCUAAGGGAGCUAUCGCUUCUGAGCUCGAUCUAUUACAGGCCAGUUGCCACGAUGACCAAGUUCAAUGCCCAUAGAAACGAUCAUGUGAAGGGCAAACAGCUGGACGAGUUGAAGUUCAUGGCUAGAGAUGAGAUUAUUAGAAACAUGAAUGAGGACAACCUACUGGAUUUCGAUGACGAUUCGAAUUCUGCGAUCAAUGCGGGUGUAACAAACGGCUCUACGUUGAACGAUCUAAACGACCUCUUUGACUUUACACCAGUACCCGCUCAGCAGCAACCGCAAUCGAUGCCAGAGCAACCACUCGAAGAGUCCCUGCAUGAUCUCACGCUCAACAAACACGAAUCGCAUCCUGCUGCAAGUUCCAACAACACGCGUGAGCUACUAGAUCUGUUCUGA